AUGCGAGUGACGUUUGAUACCUCAGAUAAAACUGCAACUGAGCGACCAAUCCCAAAGGCAGGCGAACAGAGAACAGCGGGAAGUUUAUUCCGGACCAAGGUCUCGAAGAUGUUCAUCAGCAAGCUCUUGCUUUAUUUCUGUCGACUGGAUAUAGGCCACGAAGAGGAUCCUAGGUCAGUUAUCAAGCCGUUCGAUCGUAGCCGUACCCUAAGAGCCACAGCCUCGUCGCUUAUUAUACAACUCUAUUACGACAAUUAUGUAAAGCAGUUGAGCUGCGGUCGAGGUCAUCGAGGGUUACGUAUUGGAGACAACUUUUACCCAUUAGCACUCUUCAUCGAACUGGCAACAACUCCCCUCCGUGAACUGAGGUCGGGUAUAUCCAUUUCGGGAGAGAACGGACUCGCGAAGGUAAGAGAUUGGACGAAGGCAGAGGUAAUUAUCGCGAAGACCGUAGUGAUCGCCAGAGAGAGCCACUUAGCUGCCCAUCACCGCAAAGCUGUCCAGGCUCGAUCCCACGAUCAGCGGCUCAUUAUCGUCCUCAUCAGUUCGUGGAGGAGGUGCGCUAAGCGGAGUGAUAUCCGGGAUUUGGGGAAGUGGUCAGCUGAAGCGGAUUCCUGA